GAGACUCGGUACAUAUGCAGGUCGGUCUGAGCUGAGGUUAGAUUGUGCUGACUAUUAUCUCAGCCUGUCCUCUUACCGUUACAAUAUUCACUCGGGGAACAGGUGCGCGGAGGGAGGCGUCUGUUGCAGUGACCGCAUAUCCAUUUAAACGCAAAAGGGGAAAAAUAAUGGAGACUCCUCAUAUCGACCGGUUUAGUGCGGCUCAGCCUGAGACUUAUCACAUCAAGGAGUCCACGCAGGUACCAUGAGAAGGUUUACUGGACGGACUGGAUUUUGGACUACUCUGCGCUGAGAUGGACUGCAAGUUAGGUGUCUUUUUACGAGAUGUUAUGCGCUCGCGCGGUAAAUUUGCCCCCGUUUCAUUAAACCAGUAAUUAGCAGUAGAUUUGGGUAUGUCGUCCACGUUCAACACGUUGCCCGGGAGCGAGGCAGGAACAGGUCAAUGGUUCACUCCAUCCAUAAUUUAGGAUGAUGCCCCGCGGUCAAACCUGCUUGGUCUCGUCCCUGUUACUUCACCCUGUCAUCGGACUUCAGAUGUUUCACUGGCAGUCUGAGCGCUCCUAAGUGCUCGCUAUCAACUUGCCUGGCUGUCAUCCCAGAGAGGUGAUGCGACGGUUUGUCUACUGCAAGGUGGUGUUGACCACCUCUUUAGUGUGGGUGCUGGUGGAUGUGUUCUUGCUGUUGUACUUCAGCGAGUGUAACAAAUGUGAUGAUAGGAAGGACCGCUCGCUGCUCCCUGCGCUUCGAGCAGUGAUAUCACGGAGCCACGAGGGUCCAGGUGAGAUGGGCAAAGCGGUAAACAUCCCUAAGGAUGACCAGGAGAAAAUGAAGGAGCUCUUUAAGAUUAACCAGUUCAAUCUGAUGGCCAGUGAUAUGAUUGCACUCAACAGGAGUCUGCCAGAUGUGAGGCUGGAUGGCUGUAAGACCAAAGUGUACUCAGAUGACCUGCCCAACACCAGCAUUGUCAUCGUGUUUCACAACGAGGCAUGGAGCACGCUGCUGCGAACUGUUCACAGUGUCAUCAACCGCUCUCCCAAACACUUGCUAGUGGAAAUUAUCCUAGUUGAUGAUGCCAGCGAGCGAGAUUUCCUAAAGAAGAAACUGGAGAACUAUGUGCGUACUCUGGAGGUGCCGGUGAGGAUCCUGAGGAUGGAGCAGCGUUCAGGUCUAAUCAGAGCCAGGUUGAGGGGGGCAGCCGCCACCACCGGUCAGGUCAUCACCUUUCUUGAUGCUCACUGCGAGUGUACUGUUGGCUGGCUAGAGCCCCUGCUGGCUCGCAUCAAAGAGGACAGGACAGCAGUGGUGUGCCCUAUCAUAGAUGUCAUCAGCGAUGAGACGUUUGAAUACAUGGCAGGCUCAGAUAUGACUUACGGUGGAUUCAACUGGAAGCUUAAUUUUCGAUGGUAUCCUGUUCCCCAGCGGGAGAUGGAUCGACGCAAAGGGGAUAGAACACUCCCUGUCAGGACUCCCACCAUGGCAGGAGGAUUAUUCUCUAUAGACAAGACGUAUUUUGAAGAAAUUGGGAGUUAUGAUCCAGGGAUGGAUAUCUGGGGAGGAGAAAACCUGGAAAUGUCUUUUAGAAUUUGGCAAUGCGGUGGCUCCUUGGAAAUUGUAACAUGUUCACACGUGGGCCAUGUUUUCCGGAAGGCCACCCCAUACAGUUUCCCUGGAGGAACGGGCCAAGUCAUCAACAAGAACAACAGGCGCCUGGCCGAAGUCUGGAUGGAUGAUUUCAAAGACUUCUUUUAUAUCAUAUCACCAGGCGUGAUGCGGGUGGAGUACGGAGACGUCUCCUCUCGCAAAGCCCUCCGUGAGGCCUUAAAGUGCAAACCGUUUUCCUGGUAUCUAGAGAACAUCUACCCAGACUCCCAGAUCCCAAGAAGAUACUACUCUCUUGGUGAAAUCAGAAAUGUUGAGACCAACCAGUGUAUGGACAACAUGGGGAGAAAGGAGAACGAGAAGGUUGGCUUUUUCAACUGCCACGGGAUGGGUGGAAACCAGGUAUUCUCGUACACUGCGGAUAAAGAAAUCAGAACAGAUGACCUCUGCCUGGAUGUCUCCCGCCUCAACGGGCCUGUUGUCAUGCUCAAGUGUCACCACAUGAAGGGCAAUCAGAUGUUUGAGUACGAUGCUGAGCGACUUACUCUGCUGCAUGUGAAUAGCAACCAGUGCUUGGACAUGCCCUCUGAGGACGACAAGAUGGUCCCCACAUUGAGAGACUGCAAUGGCAGCCGUUCCCAGCAGUGGCUGCUCCGUAACAUGACCCUUAGCGUCUGACUCUUCACCUCACUCCUCUGUCCUUCUCCUCCAAACCAGUCCUGGCUUUCCUUACCCUCACCAGAUGGCUCUUACCACACAUCAUGCACCUCUUGCUUUUAACAGCCUGGCCAAGAAAUGCAGAGAACUGGGCAGCAGCGGCUUAUCUUCCAUUUGAUCAUAUUACAGUUCAACACAGGUUUGAGGAUAAACUGCACUGGCACAUGCAUUUCUAAAAAUAUGAUGAGCUGUAGCUUUGGGAACUUUUGCAGAUCUGAACUAGGAUAAUGACGUAUGGGGUCGUGCAUGGAAAACACUCACAUCAAAGGAGUCACACUGUGAUGGACACCUGCUAGCUGUGAAUCUGCUGCACUGACUGCUGAUUAGCUUCUGGAAAAACAUAAACAGGAGACCAUUUGUCAUUUUCUGAGAUGCAUCUUUGCAAUGGUUGAGAUUCUAUAACCAACACUGUAUCCAGACACUGCAUUGAUGUAUCUACUAUAGGUACAGUAGUAAAAGAAAACAGCUGGUUUGCUGCUCAUUCUCUUUUCAUGUCGGCGUCUACUGUGUCUAUGCUUCAAGCAGCAUGGUGGUCAUUUUAACUGCAACUGUUGACUGACAUAUGGAGAUCAGCACUGAUAGGUGUUACCCUCUUGAGGUGAUUUACUGAAGGGAUAAAGUCAUAGCCCUGUAUAACCUACUAACGCUUUUCCUCUUCUUUAUCAAGCCCACUGUAGCAUUAGCUAUUUAGGACGUGUCUUGUUAUCACAUUUCAUGAGACUGUGUGGUAAUAAAUCUGCUCGAGAGAAAACGGAAGCCCAACCUUAACAAACUGAACAGUCAAAUUUCAGUUGAAACCCUGACACACAUAUCAGUUGUUACAGUUUAACUUAAGAGGAGUACCAUUUUUAUAAAGAUCCCUUAAACCUGGUUAAAGAGUUGUACUAAUCUCUUUAAAGUUAUGCUUUCUAGUACUGUGCAGAAAGUCUUGAGCCACCCUUAACUUCUUGAUAUUUGCAAUGCUUUAUUGAGACAUGCAAACAUACAUGGAGAUGCAGUAUAAGACAAAACAGUUUGUAUAAUUCUAAGGAGCUUUAAAAUAAAUCAGUUUUUAGUAUUCUUCAACAUAGCCUGAACUCUCUUAGGCAGCUUUCUUGUAAUUUCCAUAAGUAAGUCUUCAGGAAUAGUUCUCCAGGCUUUUUAAAAGACAUUCAAAGGUCGUCUUUGGAUGUUGGCUGCCUGUCUUUCCAUUCUGUCAAGUUGAUCCAACGCUGCUUUAUUAAUGUUGAGAUCUGGGCUCUGGGGACGCCAGUCCAUGAUUGACAGUGUUUCAUUGUGUGUUUUUCUAUCCAGGUAUGCUUUUACUACAUUGGCAGUGUGUUUGGGGAUGGGGGAUCUAAAUCUGAUCAAUUUUGAUGAGUUUUGAAGAUCGCCCAGUAAUACUGGCUGAAUUGCAGUCAAAACCAUGACAGAGCCGCCACCUUGUUUUACAGAUGGCUAUAGAGACUCACUAUUGAACCUCUCUCCUGAAUGCCUCUGUUCAUAGUCAUGAUGGUGUAAAGAAAUUGGGGGAAAAAUAUGUUUUUUGCAACAGAAUGCUAAUAACAAAGUGCCUAAAGAUGCAAUUUAAAAUUGGUUCUGUGCUAAGUUGUCUGUUAUGUGUAGGAACAAUACUGGUUUAUCCCUUGGGUUAGGGUCUUAUGCUUGAAUGAGUCAUAGGUUAUUAUUAAGUGGAUUGACAAAACCCCCCCCCAAAACUGCAAAAUCCCCCCAAAACAUUAGUCUGAAAAUGGUCAGGUACAAUAACUUGUCUGAAAUUAGUAAAAAAUAAAAAGUCAAUGUCCAAAGACAAAAUUUUAAAGACAUUCUAUUGAUAAUUAUUGCUCAAGACCACUUUAAAAAUUGCAAGAAACUCUAACUACUUUGGAAGCAAAGCAAAAGGAGAUGAGGGGCAACUCAAGACUUUUGCACAGCUCUAUACCUGAAACAUAUCUUUGAAAUUCCAGGACUGUUGUUAACUGAUGCAGCUGUUGAUGUUCCAUAUUACUCCAACAGGAAUUACAUCAUGGAAGUUAAUCUAUUACAGGUGAUGAGAAAUAAGAUGUUGGUGUUGGACUAGAAAUACAAGUGAUACAUUUUGAAUGAAUGUAAAUUUUAACAGGUACUUCUGAGAAAAUCACACUGUAAUAUUAUAGCUAUCAAAACAUCAUUACAUCAAAAAGAUUAUUUUUAAGUCAGUUUCCAAAACAUUUCAAAUUCUUUCCAUUGGAGAAAUCAUGACAUAUCUGGGUGCAAAUCUUUCUUUAUAAAAGUUGUUACAUGUUUGGUUUUUAGUGAUUUUGGAUGGUUGAUUCGUUUUCUGUUUGAAAAGGAUGGUUUGAGAUCAAAUAUUGCAGCUUAUUGAUAUUAAAUAAUUAUCAUAUCUCAUAAAUAAAUGAUACAAAGUCUUGAUCAUAGCAUUAAGUGAAUAUGAAGUAUAUCAGUACUCAUCGUUACCUUUACAGAUAUCUUUCACCACAUUCGGCAAACAAAUUGUAUUGUAAAUAAUGUUGUUCAGAUGUAUCUAGCACCCAUUGUUGUUAUAUAUACAGAACCAAUUAUUUUUCUAAGAUGCUGUAAAACUGGAAUAUUCUUGCAAAACAUAUUGAAUGAUGAUUAAACAAAAUCACUGGAUAGACUUGGAAGUAAUAAAAA